CUCUCAUCCAUGUUUGCCUUCACUGACUCUUGUGUCAUAUGUUCCGAAGAAGGACAAAAAUGUCAUUUUGAUGAGCACACUACACAAAGAUGCUGCCAUCAGCACAGAGGAGCACUUGAAGCCACACAUCAUCCUGGACUACAACAGAAACAAAGGGGGUGUUGACUGCCUUGACAAGCUUACUGGUACCUAUACCUGCAAGCGCAAGACCGCCCGCUGGCCUGUAGUUGUGUUCCACAACAUUCUAGAUGUGUCUGCAUACAAUGCAUUUGUAGUGUGGACAGCGAUAAACCCAGCCUGGAAUCAUGGGAAACCCUUCAAGAGGAGACUCUUCAUUGCAGAGCUUGGGAAAGCUUUGGCUACUCCUUCUAUUCAUCGACGACAGCACCUACCCCGUACACCAGCAUCUGCCAGUCUGGUGAGGAGUAUGCAGGGCCCUUCUACUCCCCCAUCCCAUCAACCUCAGCAAGUGCAAGCCAAACAAAGGAAGAGGUGUACACUCUGUGCCCCCCGGAAUGUGGAAACUGGCAUCACAUGCCACAGGUGCAACGCUUCCAUUUGCAAGGGACACUGCACCAUGACUGCAAUUUGCCAUUUGUGCGUGUGAACCACCAAUGCAUGCACGCACACACAGAAACACACAUGUGCACCCACUCUCUCUCACACACACACACACACACACAGUUCAUGUUGUCAGUUCAUACUGUUAUGUGAACCAACAAUGUUCGCACACACACACACACACGCACGCACACACACACACAGUUCAUGUUAUCAGUUC